UUCUCGUUUUCCCUCCCCCUGAAUGUAACAGCAGAGGAUCAAUUGAAGAGGGAGGUAGACUGGUGCGUGGAACAGCUGGAACUCGGCCUGAAGACACAAAAAUCAUCUCCAAAACAGACGGAGGAAGCUCUCCGUGCCAUCAAGACGUUGCGUAGCAAAAAAGCAGUGUUGGCGAAGAAACGUCAAGUGAUGCGCCUGAUGUUUGGCGACUACAGAGCAAAAAUGGCGGAGGAAAGGCAGAAGCAGCUGAAGCUCUUGCAAACAGCUUCAAAAGCAGCUCACAUCACAGAAGUGAACGAAGAGACUCAGAAGAAGAGAAGCCAAGUCUUCAGAAAGUCUGCAGAAGAAGCCAGAACCUUCCAGGACCUUCCAGAACCUUCUCGCUGUCAGCCCCCAGCUCUCAGAUCGACAGACCCUUCCUCUUUUAAAUUCAGGCCGUCGCAAGAGGAAUUCUGCUUCAACUUUUUCUAAACUUUUCCUUUUGGCGGGGAGGAUACCGAUUUUCUUCUUUUUGGGGGUGGGGGGGAGAAGCAGUAAUGAGGCG